CACACCUUAGCACUGUCAGUCCAAGGCAUGAAUAAUACAUGUUGAUUUAACAACUGUUAUUCCUGGUUACUGAUGAACCAGGAAGGACAGGAGAUGCCAAUGCAGCAGCAGUGCUCAAGGGUGGACAUAAGCAGAACUUCCGGCAGGUGGCUGGAACCCUUCCCUGAGGCCAGCGUCCAGCUGUCAUCCCUUCAGAUCCCGCCUUCCCAGGAAAGCAGUUACUCUCCCACCCAGUGAAGUCUCAGAAACUAUUUUUGAGAACAUGCUAAUUGCCACACCAACCGCCUAUGAAAAACUUGGUUUCGGUGACAGAAAUAAGUGCAUGAGAUAAUCUUUAACCCAUUUCCUUUCUCUCCCUGCUCCCGCCUCCCUUGGCUUCAUUAGGGCUCCGGCUGGCACCUGAGGAGCGGCGUGACCCCGAGGGCCCAGGGAGCUGCCUGGCUGGCCUAGGCAGGCAGCCGCACCAUGGCCAGCACGGCCGUGCAGCUCCUGGGCUUCCUGCUCAGCUUCCUGGGCAUGGUGGGCACGUUGAUCACCACCAUCCUGCCGCACUGGCGGAGGACGGCGCACGUGGGCACCAACAUCCUCACGGCCGUGUCCUACCUGAAAGGGCUCUGGAUGGAGUGUGUGUGGCACAGCACGGGCAUCUACCAGUGCCAGAUCUACCGAUCCCUGCUGGCGCUGCCCCAAGACCUCCAGGCUGCCCGUGCCCUCAUGGUCAUCUCCUGCCUGCUCUCGGGCAUAGCCUGCGCCUGCGCCGUCAUCGGGAUGAAGUGUACGCGCUGUGCCAAGGGCACACCCGCCAAGACCACCUUUGCCAUCCUCGGUGGCACCCUCUUCAUCCUGGCCGGCCUCCUGUGCAUGGUGGCCGUCUCCUGGACCACCAACGACGUGGUGCAGAGCUUCUACAACCCGCUGCUGCCCAGCGGCAUGAAGUUCGAGAUUGGCCAGGCCCUGUACCUGGGCUUCAUCUCCUCGUCCCUCUCGCUCAUUGGUGGCACCCUGCUUUGCCUGUCCUGCCAGGACGAGGCACCCUACAGGCCCUACCAGGCCCCGCCCAGGGCCACCAUGACCACUGCAAACACCGCACCUGCCUACCAGCCACCAGCUGCCUACAAAGACAAUCGGGCCCCCUCAGUGACCUCGGCCACGCACAGCGGGUACAGGCUGAACGACUACGUGUGAGUCCCCAUGGCCUGCUUCUCCCCUGGGCUGCUGUGGGCUGGGUCCCCGGCGGGACUGUCAAUGGAGGCAGGGGUUCCAGCACAAAGUUUACUUCUGGGCAAUUUUUGUAUCCAAGGAAAUAAUGUGAAUGCGAGGAAAUGUCUUUAGAGCACAGGGACAGAGGGGGAAAUAAGAGGAGAAAGCUCUCUAUACCAAAGACUGAAAAAAAAAAAUCCUGUCUGUUUUUGUAUUUAUUAUAUAUAUUUAUGUGGGCGAUUUGAUAACAAGUUUAAUAUAAAGUGACUUGGGAGUUUGGUCAGUGGGGUUGGUUUGUGAUCCAGGA